AUGAACAAACCUUUUAAUCAAGAUAUUCUUUGGACAGAAAUAAUGAUUAAAAAUCCCUUUCGUUUUUGGAAAUCAGUAAAAAAAGCAUCACCAAAUCUUUCAAUGCCUGCAAUUUGUCUUCUUUCUUUGCCUGUAGCUUCAGCUGGUGCAGAACGUUUCUGGUCUGUUAUGGCAUCAAUUCAUACACUAAAAUUAAAUGAAGUCUCCCAAGAUGAAGUGGAAGAAAAUAGUAUUGAUGAUAUCAAUGAAUUAGAUCAAGAUAUUACAGAAGAAAUAUUAAAUGAUUUACUUGACAAGGCAAUGAGGAAAUUCAAAAUAAUGGAAAUUAAUGAAAUUAGCAUUAAUAUUCUAAUUGGAAAAGGUUUUUACGUCCCAUCACUAAUAGGAGAUAUGUUUUUUUUACAAUUUAUUGACAUAAUUAACAACCGCUUAGAAGAGAUUUUUAAAAAAACACCAAAUGGUAAAUUUUCUGAUUAUGAACGUAAAAAAGAAGUUGAAGAAAUAUGGAAUUUAUUGCGAAAUAAUAUGUUAUCAAAACACAAUAUUGAACCAGUAGUGGAGCAAAUAGAUAAGGAAGUCAAAGAAAUAUUUUCUCGUUUACCAUCAGUAGGAUUAUAUCAAAAAUACAUAAAUGGAAAAUCUCCAGAUUUAUCUAAGUGCAAUGCAUAUAAACACUUUAAAUUGUUUUCACCCUUUUCACACUCUUCACAAUGCUUGGAACUGAGAGACAUCCGUACUCUCCAGGAAAAGCUUGAUAAUUUGGUAGAUUCAAUAUUAGAAGAAAGGGCUUCUUAUCAUUAUUACCCUAGAAUUGUACAUGACCUCACAAAAGAAAUAGACAAUGCACUUAAUUAUAAUUCAAAAUAUUUUCAUAUAACAUUUUUGCCAGAUUUCAAAUGGAAUACUUACUUAUAUGCUUUGUUAAAGCUUCAAUAUGGACAUACACUUGUUUCUGAGGGCCAUAUUAUUGGAGACUAUUUAUUGAGGGUUAUUCAUAAAAAAGCAAUGGAUGCAGGAAACUCUGAGCGAAAAAAAGCUGUGUGUGAUAUUGUUAGACUCAAAUAUUUUGAAAAACUUGCUGAACAAGUUCAAAAUGGUGAUAAAGAAGAAGCUAUACAGUUUUUUUCACAGCCAAAGAAAUGCAUAGAAGAUUGGUUUAAACGUACAGUUGAUGGUAUUGCAAGUGGAAAUCCUGAGCAAAAAUACAAUGAUACCUUUAGAGAAAUCAAAAAAUUUGUAAAUGAUUACAUGACACAAGUUGAUAAAGUGGAUUACAAAUUGGAUCUUGAAGACAUAAAUGAUGAAGAUUUAAAUAUAUUCUAUAAUGCUAUUGAGGAAGAGCUUGAUACUAAAAGGGAUGGUUGUUAUACAAGAAAUGAGCCUUUUCAAGCCCCAUCUAAUGAUAAAUCAAUCAUGGAGAUACUUGGAUGCACAGAAGCAUGUUAUUUUUGUGGAGCUUUGUGCUGGGGAUCUCUGGGUCAUCAUAAUGAUAGUGGUGAAACAAAAAGACAUCAUACUAGCCAUCAACCUCAAGGUCUUGGAAUAACCAAAUAUAUAAGUACAGGUGAACUUGUUGCUGAGCCAUGUCAUAAAACAUCAGAUGAUACAGGUGUGCGGUAUUUUGGCAAGGAGGACCUAACACCUUGGAGUGUUGCAAAAAUUCAAGAUUUCUCACAUUGGAUAUUUGAACCUCACUACAAAUACUUGUUUAAUGAUCUUAUGUGCUGGUUCUUUGAAAAAUUGCAUAAAGAUCUUGCAAAAAAAGAUGGUCUCAAACCAUCAACUAAUGAAGAAUUGAAAAAGAAUGGUUGUCUAAACUUGAGUUACAAUGAUAUUAUUAGCACACUUAGAACAAAGAUUUACUGA